UACAAGAGACGGCGGGUGAUUGGUUAGCUGCUGUUCCCGCCCCUCGGCGGUCGCCAUUUUACAGAGGGGAGCUGAAAGCCUCAAGGCAGCGGUGUUAGGAAUCUAGCAGAGCGGCGACAGGUAACAGAUCGUUUAAAAUGGGAAAUGUUUUUGAAAAGCUGUUUAAAAGUCUAUUUGGGAAGAAAGAGAUGCGGAUUCUUAUGGUAGGGUUGGAUGCAGCUGGGAAAACCACCAUCUUAUAUAAACUGAAGCUGGGAGAGAUUGUGACGACCAUUCCCACAAUCGGUUUCAAUGUGGAGACGGUAGAAUAUAAAAAUAUCAGCUUCACAGUCUGGGAUGUUGGUGGCCAAGACAAAAUCAGACCUUUGUGGCGACAUUAUUUCCAGAACACCCAAGGUCUGAUUUUUGUGGUUGACAGUAAUGAUAGAGAGCGGGUCAAUGAAGCUCGGGAAGAACUAACCAGAAUGCUAGCAGAAGAUGAACUCAGAGAUGCAGUUUUAUUGGUGUUUGUAAAUAAACAGGAUCUUCCCAAUGCUAUGAAUGCAGCAGAGAUAACAGACAAGCUUGGCUUACAUUCCCUCCGCCAGAGAAACUGGUACAUACAGGCUACUUGUGCCACCAGUGGAGAUGGGCUUUAUGAAGGCCUGGACUGGCUCUCUAACCAGCUCAAAAACCAGAAAUGAUCAGAUCUUUCCAGCUCUUCAUUUCCUGUGCAUCGUGGCAAAAUCAGCUGCCUCUUCUGUGUGCAUGUGUGUGUGUGAGGAGCCAAGUGUGGCUUAAAGUGGGAGCAGCUUUCUCACGUUGUGCCUUACACAUGCUAUAAGAAAAAACCAGUCUUACAUUUUUUUUUAAAAGUGUUACGUUUUAAAUGCUACCUUCCAUUUCCGUCAUUUUGAUGAUCUUGGCAUUUGAUGGUGCAUGGUAGCCAUAGUGCUGUUUAUGGUGGAAAGGAAGAUUGUUGACAUGUGAACUGAGUUCAUUUGUUCAGCCCUGGGUCUGUCCGUUGCAUACUUGAGGUCCUGUUAGACUUUGGUGUCUUUUUUUU